GAGGUAAACUCUAAACUUUACGCAGGCGCGUUAGGUCCUAGUCGCUAUGCGUGUGCUUGUGGGUGGCGGGACAGGCUUCAUUGGGACAGCCCUAACCCAGCUGCUGAAUGCCAGAGGCCACGAAGUGACGUUGGUCUCCCGAAAGCCCGGGUCCGGCCGGAUCACGUGGGAUGAGCUCGCUGCAUCGGGGCUGCCGAGCUGCGAUGCCGCCGUCAACCUGGCCGGAGAGAACAUCCUCAACCCUCUCCGAAGAUGGAAUGAAACCUUCCAAAAAGAGGUUCUCGGCAGCCGCCUAGAGACCACCCAAUUGCUGGCUAAAGCCAUCACCAAAGCCCCACAACCCCCCAAGGCCUGGGUCUUAGUCACAGGUGUAGCAGCCUCUAAGUUUAGCCCUGCAACCAAAGAGUUCCUCCAGGGAAGGAACGCUUCAGGUCAUGGAGAAGUUCAAGGGGAAGAUAUCCAAAUGGCUCUGUCUCCAAAUGGGGAGAUCCUAAGGGCCAAAGAAGCUUACUACCAGCCCAGUCUGACUGCGGAGUAUGAUGAAGACAGCCCAGGAGGGGACUUUGACUUUUUCUCCAACCUCGUAACCAAAUGGGAAGCUGCAGCCAGGCUUCCUGGAGAUUCUACACGCCAGGUGGUGGUGCGCUCAGGGGUUGUGCUGGGCCGUGGGGGUGGUGCCAUGGGCCACAUGCUGCUGCCCUUUCGCCUGGGCCUGGGGGGCCCCAUCGGCUCAGGCCACCAAUUCUUCCCCUGGAUACACAUCGGGGACCUGGCAGGAAUCCUGACCCAUGCCCUUGAAGCAAACCACGUGCACGGGGUCCUGAAUGGAGUGGCUCCAUCCUCCGCCACUAAUGCUGAGUUUGCCCAGACCUUGGGUGCUGCCCUGGGCCGCCGAGCCUUCAUCCCUCUCCCCAGCGCUGUGGUGCAAGCUGUCUUUGGGCGACAGCGUGCCAUCAUGCUGCUGGAAGGCCAGAAGGUGAUCCCACGGCGAACACUGGCCACUGGCUACCAGUAUUCCUUCCCAGAGCUAGGGGCUGCCUUAAAGGAAAUUGUAGCCUAAGUAGGUCGUGGCAAGGGCCUGAGGCCUGUUCCUCACAGGCUUCCAGGUUAGGCACUGUGAAUAGGCUCAGCUCCUCUAGAGAGCUGAAGCCAUCUGGUUCUUAGAUUUCUCUCCCAGUCCUCUUUCCCAUUGUUCUGUUGCUCCACCUUAUUGUCUCAAGGCCGUAAUCUCAUCAGGUUGGGACAUUAAUCUUUUCAACUCCUUGUAAGAUUUCCCAGUUUGGUUUCUCUACAUGUCCUGCAGCUGCCCCACUUCUCCUUUACGCUGUGUAGAGAAUGCUCUGCAGUUUAGGCAAUAAAAAUAAAUUGUCUCACUAA